GUCAAAUGACACCUGGUUACGUGUAUUUAUUUACCUAAUUCGUAUUUUUGUUAUUGUUUGGAACAGUAGUAUACUAUCUGUGAUAUCAAAUUUUUAUUCAUAAACUUGUGCAUCAGUGAAGCAAUAAAAGUGUUCACUUCAUUGCUGGAAAAAUACAAACAUACAAGUAAUCUAUACCAACGGAAUCAUUGCAACUCUGUUUCACUAUAUAAUCGGUAUUAGGAACAAAUAAAAUUAUAACGAGUUGUCUGAUUGUGCAACCCUCUCGUCUCGUUGGCCUAAGAUUAGUCAUCUAUAUAGUGGCAAAAAACAAGUACUGUUUAGAUGAAGCUUUAGUUAGUAGCAUAAAGCAUCUGAACUAGUGCUAGUACGACACUGGAAAGCAGAUGAUAAGAACAAAAAAAUGUUGAUUACGGAGUGAAGUUUUGCCAGUCUUGAUUGAAUUUCAUUCCGCAAAAAUGGAUGACAACGAUCAGAAUGUUCAACCGGAAGGGUCCACCAGUUUAAUGGAUACUACUAGGAAUAAGUACGAACAAAAGUAUCGAUUCUUUAUUCUAGAGCCAGCAAUUCUGUUGUUGUUUUACGCAUGGAAUGUCUCAGCCGCUGUUUUCACCAAUCAAAUUGUUUAUCAAACUUGCACGGUCACACUAGCAAUCAACCAGUCGGAAUGUGUUCUUCUGGGGACAGAAAACGAAACCGAAUCUACUCAGGAGUUGGAAAAGACAGUCCAACCUUACACAACUAAUAUACUGAUGGCGAAAUCGCUGAUCGAAUCUAUAAUUCCAGCCCUGUGCAGUAUGUUUAUUGGACCAUGGUCGGACAAGUACGGACGGAAGCCGGUUCUUCUGUCGACUUUUAUUGGAUCGUUUUUUAGUUAUUCCCUGCUGGGGUUGGUGUGCUUUCUUUCUGGCAAAUACCCAAUAGAUCCGUGGUACUACGUUUUGACAUUCAUUCCGGCUGCUUUGUCCGGUGGUAACUGUGCAUUGAUUACCGGUGUCUUUUGCUAUAUCACCGAUGUGACCAGUGAGGAAAACAGAGCUAUCAAAAUGGGUGUCCUAGAAGCUUCAAUUUUUGGAGGUUUACUUUUCGGAACGCUUAGCAGCAGCUACAUACUGCACUGGACCAACUCCACAACGGUUUUUGCCAUAGCUGCUGUUGCCAUUUUGAUUGGAAUUGUAUAUAUUACGUUCUACAUUGAAGAAAGUGUACAACCAAAUGAACUCGCUACUAGUUCCUGUAAGCUUCGGGAAAUUUUCCGCUUCGAAUUAGUUGCAGAUUUGUUCCACACGUGUUUCAAACGGAGGCCAAAUUUCGACAGGGUUAUUAUUUGGCUGGUCAUUUCCGCUCUUGGAGCAAGCAUUUUUGCAAUGGAAGGGAACGGAACCGUACAUUUUCUGUACUAUCGAGAACGCUUCGGUUGGACCGUCAAGGAGUUUUCGUUUUUUGAUGCCACCAUAAUAGUGUUCAUGAUUGUUGGUAACAUUGUUGGUGUGUAUGGAAUCAAGAAAUGGUUUGGAUUGUCAGAAAGUGUUCUGGCAGCUAUUGGAUUUUGCUGCUAUGCCAUCGAUAGCGGAAUCAAAGGUGUAGCCUUCAAGCCCUGGCAUCUUUAUCUAGCGAUUGUGAUUUCGAUGAUGAAGGGUAAUGCUGGCCCGAUGGGACGCGCCGUGAUAUCGAAUACUGCGCCACCCAACGAUAUCGGAAAGAUAUUCUCCCUGACGACGUCGAUAGAAUCUUUGACUCCACUGUUAUCGGCUCCGUUUUACACAUAUGUGUACAAAAAAACCCUUCCGUGGUUCCCAGGAGCAUUCUUUCUCAUUAGCUCAGCCGUUUAUUUUUGUUGCGUGUUUCUUAUGAUAUUCGUAAGAAUAUUCGAAGGGAUGCAUCAAUCGAUUACAUACUCAGUAGUCAGCUAAGGGCAAUUUUAUAGGAAGCAACUCUAACUAUUAACUAUUAAAAAAUUUAUAGAUUUAUUAUACAUAUUUUUCGAACAUAUCUAAUAAAAUCGGAAACUAGUCAAUUGAUAAAAUAAA